AUGUCCAGAGAUUAUUAUGAAGAUUUAGAAAUAAGCAGAGAUGCAUCAGAUAGUGUAAUUGCUUAAGCUUAUCGUAAACUUGCAUUAAGAUGGCAUCCUCAAAUUAAAGGAAACGAAGAUCAAUAAACAAGAUAUAGUUUCUUUUGCAAAGUAUCUGAAGCUUAUGAAGUUUUGAGUGAUCCUGUGAAAAGAUCUUUUUACGAUAAGUAUGGUGAAGAUAAACUUAAAGAAGGAUUUUUUAAUUAAUAAGCACUUAAGGGCGGAUACAGAUUUGGAGGUAACCCUGAAGAGAUAUUUGAAAAAUUCUUCGGAGCUAUGAAUCCUUUCUAAUAAAUAUAUGAUUCUGAAAAUCAAGAAAAUGUUGGAAGUUUAUUUGGAUAUGCUUUUGGUGCUCAAAACUAAAGUGCUCCUUUACCACCUAAACCUCUACAUGUUGUAGUUGAAUGCACCCUUGCAGAACUUUACAACGGAUGCUCUAAAAAUGUUACUUAUUAAAGAACUGUAUUAAAUAAAGAUGGAAGAACAACAACAGAUAUCAAAGAAUCAAAAAUGGUCGAAGUUAAACCAGGCUAUAAGAAUGGAGAAUAAAUUAAGUACCCUAAAUUAGGAAACGAAGUUGCUGGAUUACCAAAUUCUGAUUUAAUAUUCACAGUUAAGGAAUUGGCUCAUUCUACCUUAAAAAGAAAGGGAAAUGAUUUAAUUUAUUAUCAUAAGCUCAAGUUAAUUGAUGCUUUAUAUGGUAGACCAGUUCACUUUACAACUUUAGAUGGUAGAAAGCUCUUUGUUGCUAUAGAUUAAGUCAUAAGUCCUAGUUACGUUAAAAAAGUGAAUGGUGAGGGUAUGCCUAUUUAUAAUCCUUAAGAAUAUAAAGUAGAAUACUUUGGAUAACCUCCUAAUAAGGGUGAUUUAUAUAUUAAGUUUGAUAUUUAAUUCCCAGCUUAAAUAGAUGAUGAUAAAAGAGCUGAAUUGGAGUAAAUAUUAGGAUAAUAAAGCUAAAUUUAAUGA